GUCAGUAAUUUCUCUUCUUUCUCCAGGUGAUUGUGUCAGAAAGUGUCAGUAAAUGUGUUUCCUGUGCGGAGAGGACCCCUCAUAGAGGACCGCCAUGUCUGGGGCCGGCAGUAAGAGAUCAGCGGGGGAUGGGGGUGCUGGUCCUUCGGAGAAGAAACCCAACCAUGAAGAAAAGACCCCGACUACCCUCAUCGAGCCGAUCCGCCUGGGAGGAAUCUCUUCUACGGAGGAGAUGGAUAUGAAGGUUCUGCAGUUUAAGAACAAGAAGUUGGCGGAGCGGUUGGAGCAGCGGCAGGGAUUUGAGGAUGAACUCCGGGAGAAGAUCGAGAAGCUGGAGAAGAGACAGGCCACCGAUGACGCCACUCUGCUCAUCGUCAACCGAUACUGGAGCCGGCUAGAUGAGAAUGUGCAGCUCUUGUUAAAGCGUUCCGAUAAUGAGCCGCCGCCCCCCCAGCCUGUGGCCCCAGAGAAGGAGGAACCAAAAGAGAGCCAUGCUGGAGCAGAGGGCCCCAAGGCCUCAGAGGAGACUGACAGUAAAGACCCCCCCGCACCUCCCGCCGUCCCCCCGGCACCGGAGCCCCCCGGAUCGCUCCCAGAAUCCUCUCUGAACUUCCUGGCUACGCUUGCCAGCAGUACGCCUGAGGAGAUCGAUCUGCAGCUACAAGAACGCAUGGAGUUCAGUAAGAGAGCCGUGUCCUGGGUCCUAGAGACCUCCAGCAAGCUGCACCGGCGGGUCCAGGAACUGUGUGAGCGCAUUCACAGCAGAGCGUCUGAGCAGCUGGAUGAGUCCCUGCGCACCCUCAGCAAGGAGCUGAACACCGAGAACCACAGACUGCAGGACCUGGCCAUCGUCCUGCAGGAGAAGCACCACCGGAUCUCCCUGCAGCACCAUGAGCUCCAGGACCGCGCCGUCUCCUCCGAAACCAAAGUCUCCGAGAUGGAGCGGAGCAUCGAAGAUCUGCAGUGGGACAUCGAGAAGCUGAGGAAACACGAGCAGAAGCUCAACCGUCACCUGGCUGAGGCCCUGGAACAGCUGAACUCCGGAUGUCACAUUUCAGGAAGUUCUGGAGGAUUCCAGGGAGGACAAACCACGCUGACGGUGCAGAAGUUUGAGAUGCUGAACGCAGAGCUGGAGGAGAACCAGGAACUGGCCAACAGUCGCAUGUGUGAGCUGGAGAAGCUGCAGAACGAGUUGCAGGCGGCCGUGCGGCUCAAGGAGAAGCUGAAGCUGGAUCUGCGGACCCUCCCGGAGGAGGCUGUGAGGGGCACACAGGACUUCCGCUGUCUGCAGUCUCAGUUCUCACUCCUCUACAACGAAUCCUUACAAGUCAAGACACAGCUGGAUGAGGCCCGAGCUCACCUCCUCAACACCAAGAACAGUCACCUGAGACAGAUCGAGCGCAUGGAGAGUGAGGAACUGUCUGUGCAGAAGAAGCUGAGGACGGAGGUGAUCCAGCUGGAGGACACCUUGGCUCAGGUGCGGAAGGAGUACGAGAUGCUGAGGAUCGAGUUUGAGCAGAAUCUGGCCGCCAACGAGCAGGCAGGGCCGAUUAAUCGUGAGAUGCGACAUUUGAUUGGAAGUCUGCAGAACCACAACCACCAGCUGAAGGGAGAUGUCCAACGCUAUAAACGCAAGGUGCGAGAUGCCCAGGGAGAGGUGAGCAAGAUUCGAUUACAAGCUGGAGCCCCCCCAUGCCCCCCACCCAGUGUCUCCAGCACUGAAGUGCCGUCCACACCAGUAAAAGAAGAGGAGGUAGAAGUAAAGAAGGAGCCGCCCCCCACCCCAGUACGUGACCCUGAGACCCCCACUACACCAGAGGUGAAGAAAGAGGAGGAGGAGCCAAAGAAGGAACCGGAAAGAAGUAAAACGCGUGAGCGAGAGCAAGAUAGGGAUCGGGAAAAGGAUCGGGAGAGAGAGAAGGAGCGGGAGAGAGACAAGCAGAAGACCGAGGACACCAAGAGGAAGGAUGCCGAUAUCCUCAAACCGCUACGGACAGAACUCAAGAAGGCUCAGGAGAGCCAGAAAGAGAUGAAAUUAUUGCUGGAUAUGUAUAAGUCCGCCCCCAAGGAGCAACGAGACAAAGUGCAGCUCAUGGCGGCCGAGAGGAAGACCAAAGCUGAGGUGGAAGAGCUGCGGGUGCGGGUGCAGGCUCUUGAAGAGAAGGAUCGUAGGGAGCGGAAGAAGUUGGCGGAUGAGGAAGCUCUGCGGAAGAUAAAGAUUGCGGAGGAACAGAUUGAACAUUUACAGAGAAAACUCAGCGCCACCAAACAGGAGGAGGAGGCUUUGUUGUCGGAGAUGGAUGUCACCGGGCAAGCCUUCGAGGACAUGCAGGAACAGAACAUCCGGCUGAUGCAGCAGUUGCGGGAGAAGGAUGACGCCAACUUCAAACUGAUGUCCGAGAGAAUCAAAUCCAACCAGAUCCACAAACUGCUGAGAGAGGAGAAGGAGGAGCUAGCCGACCAGGUGCAGGGCCUGAAAACUCAGGUGGACGCUCAGCUGCUGCAGGUACAGAAGUUGGAGGAGAGGGAGCGGGUGCUGCACAGCUCUCUGGCCGCCAUAGAGAAGGAGCUGACUCUCCGCAUUCAGUCCCUGGAGAUACAGAAGAGGAAGGCAGUAGAAGCCGCCCAGCUGUCGGAGGAUCUGAAGGUUCAGGUGGAGCACAUUGUCAGCACAUUGCGUGACACCCAGAGCCUGGUGUGCGACAACCGGAGCGCCAAGGAGAAGGAGUGCUUCAGCCUGAAACGAGCCCAG